AGCCCUGCGAGCCCCAGGCGACCUGCGAGGCCUGUGUGCGCUCCCACCCGCGCUGCGCCUGGUGCGAGGACCCGGAUUUCCCGCUGGGGGGGCAGGGGGAGGCCGCCCGCUGCGCCCCCCGCCAGGCCCUGGAGCGCACCGGGUGCCCCCCGGGCGCCGUGGUGGAGCCCCGCGGCAGCGUGUGGGUGCUGCGGGACGAGGAGCAGGGGGCCGGGGGGGAGCGAGGGGGGGCCCCCAACCAACUGCGGCCCCAGAGCGUCCGGCUGCUGCUGCGGCCGGGGAGGAGCGGAGCUUCCAGGUGCGGUUCCGGCGGGUGCGGGGCCACCCCGUGGACCUCUACUACCUGA